AAUGAAUAAUAUAUACAGGGAAAAAAGUGUGUUGAAACAAAAAUUCGCAUAGAAAGCACGGGUUUGUUGCUUCGGAAAGAGCUCUGAACUCGACCAACAUCAUUAUCACAUCAAUCAACAAAGCAUGGCAUUCUUGUUGAACAAAUCAACCCUUGCUUCCCAUUUUCGAUCUACCUCUCAGAAGACUGAAGAUUUGGUUUCUUUCUCGCGCCGUGGAUUCCAUGUUGAACCCGGGACUCGUGAAAAAGCUCUCUUGGCAGAAGAUUCAGCUCUCAAGCCAUUCAAAUCAUAUAAGCAGAGUGUGAAAAAGCUCAGAAAAUUUGGGGAUGUUUUAACUAUUGUUGUUGUUGCAGGAUGCUGUUACGAGAUAUAUGUCAAGGCAGCUAUAAGAGAAGAAGCUCGCAAACAGUAGUGUUCUGAAAGUGUGGAAUGGGAUGAACAUUUGGAUGCUAGUUUUUUUUACAUUGUAUUUGUAUGGCAACAAUUUGGACGUUUUGAUAGCCAUGUUAGAAUAAGCUGAAAAGCAUUUCAACCCAAAUUACUUGUGCAUGAGUAGUUUUUUCUCUGUUCAAGAUAUGCUCUUUCCGAUGAUAAUGUUGAUUGGCAGAUGAUAAAUUUGUGGCUUUAGAUCUGAAAUACAGAAUACGUUCUACCAUCAAAA